AAAGGUAAUGUAUUGCCGACAACCGAGUUGGUGGGAGAGAAGUUUCAAGGUUAUAUUGAACGAAUAUGGAAAUGGAUAAUGGGAAAUGAGGUGUCAACAAUUGGGAUAUGGGGAAUGGGAGGGGUAGGGAAAAGAUUUCUAGCAACUCAUAUGCAUAACAAGCUUUUAGAAGAAGCCGGGGAUGACUUUGACCAUGUUAUUUGGGUUACUGCAUCACAAUAUGGUAACAUUUAUGAGUUACAAAAGGCCAUUGCAAGAUCAAUUAAUUUGGACAUAUCUGAUGAGUGUGAUGUGAAAAGGAUAUCUGGGAAAUUGUUGCAAGCAUCCAAGCAUAUAAAUAGAUGUGUCCUUAUUUUAGACAAUGUUCGGGAUCCUAUUCUUUUAGGAGAAGUUGGAUUUCCUGUUUCAAAUGAUAGGAUUAAAUUGAUUUUGACAACUCGUUCAUGGGAGGUGUGCCAGAGUAUGAAUUGUAUGGAGAACAUAAUAGAAGUACAACCUCUAGAUGGUAAAUGUGGAGAAGGUUGGAAAUUGUUUGAAAAGACUCUUGGAAUCCAUCAAAUACAACCUAGUGGAGUGAAGUCUAUAGCAACGACCGUGGUAGAACAAUGUGGGGGUUUGCCCCUUGCUAUUGUUACGAUUGCGAGAAGCAUGAAGGGAAAAAAACAAUAUAGAGAAUGGAAUCAUAUGUUGGAAUGCCUUCAAAACUUGCGCAAUGGGCAAGAUGAUAUGGAGAAGUGGAUAUUUCCGGUGUUGAAAUCUAGUUGUGCUUGCUUAAAUAAUAAAUUGUUGCAAAGUUUUUUUCUGUAUGCUGCAUUAAGUGCUGAAUAUUAUUAUGAUAAUGAUAUUUGGUGUUUGAUCAAAAGAUUUUUCAUUGAGGGAUCCACAGAUGAGACAAAGAGCUUGGAGAUGCAAUAUAAUGAAGGUUACACCCUGUUGGACAAAUUAAAGAAUAACAGUUUGGUUAUUAAAAUGGAAAUUCGAUGGACAAUCCAUCCUUUGCUAAGGGGCAUGGCUAUUAAUAUUGCGAAGGCAACUGAGGAAAUUAUGGCAAAAUCUGAUAUGAAUUUGAUAGAAAUACCGGAAAUGGCGAAUGGCAUGAAAAUCUACAAAAAGGUUUUCUGAGUGGAACUGGAAUACGAAAAAUUGUAGAUGGCACAUCACCUAAAUGCUCUAAACUUUCCACAUUGCUUUUAAAUAAUAAUGAUUCUCUCGAAUUGAUCCCAGAUAAUUUUUUUGACAACAUGCCUGCUCUUAAAGUACUCGAUUUGUCUAAGACUGGCAUUAAGCGUUUGCCUGAAUCUGUCUCUAACUUGGAAUGCCUCAUCACAUUAUUACUUUGGGGAUGUGGGGAAUUGAGUGACGUGCCUUCAUUAGGAAAAUUGCAACGGUUAAUGUGGUUGGACCUUUCAUAUACUGUCAUUAUUGAGGCACCUCAUGGCUUGGAAUUGUUGGUCAAUCUUAGAUAUCUUAAUCUAGCAGGUACAGUACAGUUGAAAAUGUCAUCAUCAGUGAUAACCAAUAUGACCGAGCUGCAGUCUCUUACGUUGAACUGUAUCCCAAAAUAAUGGAUGGGAGUGCACAUGUUCUACAAUGUUUGGGAAAGUUAGAAUAUAUUACAGCCAACUUUUAUGACAUUGAAGGAGUUUAAUUCCUAUGUUCAGAGUUUACAGGUCAAAGAUCGCGCCCUCAAAGGUUAUUAUUUAAGUUUAGCUACAUCAUAUGAUGGUUAUUUUUUAUUUCAUCCUGAACAUGAGGUCCAUUGCUUAAAAAGGGUUGUCUUUGGUGGUAUUGAUUUGGAAAACCGAGCAGAGUUAUAUCUUCCAGAAGACAUAAAGGAGUUGAUGAUUACACAUGUAUGUCACCAUUGGACAAUAACAACAUGCCUAUCUCAGACUUUAUCAUUCGCUGAGGAAGUCGAAAUUAAACAUUUGAGGAUACAUGAAUGUGAUAAGCUUGAGAAUUUGUGUUGUCUCUCUGAAGAUUGCUCGUUUUGCCGCAGUGUCCCAUUUGUUCAAGCACUGAGCAUUACAUGCCUGAAAGACUUGAAACAAAUAGCGGCAUUACUUGCCCAUUUUCUCACCUCAGAGAGCUCAAAAUUUUUGAUUGCGGCAGCAUGAGGAUUCUGAUGACCUGGGGAUCAUUAGAACAGCUCCAAAACCUUGAGGCCAUUCAUGUAAGCGGUUGUGAUUCAAUGGAAGAAAUAGUUGGAGACGAUUGUAGCGGUGACAUUGUUCCCCGUUCCACCAUCACCCUCCCCAAACUGAGACUUGCGGUCUUGGACCAACUUCAAAAAUUAAAGUCCGUAUUCAGAGGAACCAUGCUCUGUCCUUCUCUCAAAUAUUUUAAAGCCAUCUAUUGUGAGAAACUAAUUAGCCAACCUCUGAUAGAGAUUGCAAAAGGAAAUGCGCUACAGAUGGAGAAGACAGACAAUGGAUACGGUUGGAAAAAUGAGAACUGGGUUUGAAUGACGAAAUUCUGGAAAAAAAAUUCAUGAGUACUUGAUGACAAGGAUAGGAUUGAUCAGCUUCUCUGGAAUUUGGAAAAUGUCAAGUCUUUUGGAGGGGAAAAAAAACAGAAAGAUAAGGUUAGCAGCCUCAACUGGAUUACCAUUGAUGUAAUUAUUAGAGUUAAAAUAACAUUUUUGCUUGCCAAGUAUUCUUUUUGGAGUACCAUAGUUGUGAGCUGCAUUUCCAGAUUAUAUGGAUAUCGUAUUAUCACAAUGAAAACAUAUAUAUCAUGGUGCUGGAGUUCAUGUAUACACUUUAUUUGGCUUCAGAAUUUCAUACUUAGUACUCGUUUGUUUAAUAAAAGUACUAAGUAUCUAAUAUCAGCAUUUAAGAAGUUGAAGCU